AUGGCUACAUUGGCACGCUCCUUCUCGUCCGAUGGCUCGGAUGUAGCUGUCAUUGUUCCCCAAAAUCCCGCCCUAUCGGUAACUUAUAGGCAGCUGCAUUCCCAUAUCUCCGACUUCCAGAAUAAGCUGGCUAAGCUGGGUGUCGGACAUGGCGCUGCAGUGAACUUGGCAUUGGUAAACUCCUAUGAAUUCAUUGUCGCCUUUCUAGCCGCGUCCUGGCAGCGCUCAAUCGCUGCUCCCCUGAAUCCUGCUUACAAGCAGGACGAGUUUGAGUUCUAUAUCGACGAUCUCAGUUCGACCCUCGUUCUCAUACCCCGGGGAUCAUACGCCCAGGAUGGCCCCGCUGUCCGCGCGGGCAGGAAGUAUCAAGCGGCUAUUGCUGAAUGUUACUGGAAUGGAACCGAGGUUAUCCUUGACGUCAAGGAGCUGGGCAAGCUUGAAGGGAAAGGAAACGUGGGAGUUCAAAAUGCGCAACCUGAUGAUGUUGCUCUCGUUUUGCACACCAGUGGAACAACUGGCAGGCCCAAAGCUGUUCCACUCACACACAAGAAUCUAACGACCACCAUGAGAAAUAUCAAGGCAACCUACAAUCUCUCCCCGGCAGACCGAACGUAUCUAGUGAUGCCCCUGUUUCACGUCCAUGGUCUCCUCGCCGCCUUCCUGGCUCCUCUGUACUCGGGAGGCUCAGUCAUUGUGCCCGCUAAGUUCUCAGCGCACGAGUUCUGGUCCGAUUUUAUCAAGUACAAAGCGAACUGGUACUCCGCUGUGCCUACAAUUCACCAAAUCCUCCUCAAAACUCCAUUGCCUAACCCCAUCCCUCAAAUCCGCUUCAUUCGCUCAUGCUCGUCGCCCUUAUCGCCAAAGACAUUCCAGGAUCUUGAGAAGACGUUCAACGCCCCCGUGCUUGAGGCUUACGCUAUGACAGAGGCAGCGCAUCAAAUGACCAGCAACCCGCUUCCACCAGCAAAGCGACAACCAGGCAGUGUGGGAAUCGGCCAGGGAGUGGAAAUCAAGAUUAUUGACCAAGCCGGAAACGAGGUCCCGCAAGGCGCAGAGGCAGAGAUUUGUGUCCGUGGAGAAAACGUAACAAAGGGAUACCUGAACAACCCCGCCGCCAACGAAUCCUCAUUCACUAAGGACGGCUUCUUUCGCACCGGUGACCAAGGCAAGAAAGAUCCCGAUGGCUAUGUGAUUAUUACUGGCCGUAUCAAGGAACUCAUCAACAAGGGCGGAGAGAAGAUCAGCCCGAUCGAACUGGACAACACCCUGCUGCAUAACCCCAAAGUUGGCGAAGCGGUAUGCUUCGCUAUCCCCGACGAGGGCCACUACGGUGAAGACAUUGGAGCAGCCGUUGUCUUGAAGAGCGGCCAGAAUGCUACAGAGACGGAGCUGAAGUCGUGGGUUGAGGGAAAACUCGCGAAAUUCAAAACGCCGAAGCAGGUCUGGAUCGUCCAGCAAAUUCCCAAGACAGCGACGGGCAAGAUCCAGCGACGCAAGGUGGCCGAGGCCAUGCUGUCGAAGCCCAAGGCCAAGCUGUAA